AUAUAUUAUAUAUAUACAUAUUUAUGGAAGCUUUUAGUCAAUAGAAUAAAGUCUUAAGCUUCAUGUGAAUUAAAGAAAACUAUUGAAAACGCUGCCUAAAAGAGACUAUGGUACCACGGUCAAAAUUUUGCUGUUGACAAAUAAUCAGGGGAUCGGUAUGGUGUGCAGAUGGCGAGAGGCGGCCUCGUGUCUGCUCACAUUCACUUUAUUUGUGAUAGUGAUUCCAAAUUGUUCAUUAUCUCAACCAACAAAUGGUGGAGGUAGCUCUUCAGCCUCAUCCACAUCACAUCGAGGACGUCAUCAUUUUCUUGAUCCGCAACGGCCAUUCGGUGAAGAGAGAGCUUAUUUAAGUGCAACAGAUCGAUUUGAUUUACAACGUGAUUCUGAAGAACUCCGUCGAGAAUUUAGACGUCGUGAAGAACCACCAGUACCUGAAGAGGAUUCACUUAUUGUGAAAACACGUAAAGGUCGUGUACGUGGUGUAACUUUAACAGCUGUUUCUGGGAAACAAGUUGAUGCAUGGAUGGGAAUACCAUAUGCCCAAAAGCCUGUCGGGCAUUUACGAUUUCGUCAUCCACGACCAGUAGAUCCUUGGGAUGAUAUCCUUAAUGCAACAUCCCCACCAAAUAGUUGUGUGCAAAUUAUCGAUACUGUGUUUGGUGAUUUUCCUGGAUCUGCUAUGUGGAAUCCAAAUACGCCAUUGUCAGAAGAUUGUUUGUAUGUGAAUGUUGUUUCACCAAAACCACGUCCUAAAAAUGCAGCGGUCAUGUUAUGGAUCUUUGGUGGUGGUUUUUAUUCGGGUACUGCCACAUUAGAUGUUUACGAUCAUAAAACAUUGGUAUCUGAAGAAAACAUUAUUUUAGUUUCAAUGCAAUAUCGUGUAGCAUCACUUGGAUUCUUAUUUUUCGAUACUGCGGAUGUACCCGGUAAUGCUGGAUUAUUUGAUCAGUUGAUGGCGUUACAAUGGGUCCAUGAUAAUAUUCAUGCAUUCGGUGGUAAUCCUCAGAAUGUAACGUUAUUUGGUGAGUCGGCUGGAGCCGUAAGCGUGUCGUUGCAUUUGCUAUCGCCGUUAUCAAGAAAUUUAUUUAGUCAAGCAAUUAUGGAGUCUGGAUCUCCGACUGCACCAUGGGCGUUAAUAUCGCGCGACGAAUCUGUUUUACGUGGCUUACGAUUAGCCGAAGCCGUUGGCUGUCCACAUGAUCGUAAAGAUAUUCCGGCUGUUAUAGAAUGUUUACGUAAUAAAGAUCCAAUUGAAUUAGUCAAUAAUGAGUGGGGUACGUUAGGUAUUUGUGAAUUUCCAUUUGUGCCAGUUAUUGAUGGAUCAUUUCUCGAUGAAACCCCACAAAAAUCAUUAGCAUUGAAAAAUUUUAAAAAGACAAGCAUUUUAAUGGGAUCAAAUUCAGAAGAAGGGUAUUAUUUUAUGAUUUACUAUUUAACCGAACUGUUUCGUAAGGAAGAAAAUGUGUAUGUGUCACGGGAAGAGUUUUUACAAGCCGUACGCGAAUUAAAUCCGUAUAUAAAUAAUGUCGCUAGGCAAGCUGUGGUGUUUGAAUAUACAGAUUGGUUGAAUCCAGAUGAUCCGGUGAAAAACCGUGAUGCUCUAGAUAAAAUGGUUGGUGAUUAUCAAUUCACUUGUAAUGUUAACGAAUUCGCACAUCGUUACGCUGAAACUGGUAAUUUUGUGUACAUGUAUUACUUUAAACAUCGUUCAAUAUCAAAUCCUUGGCCAUCAUGGACCGGUGUUAUGCACGGUGAUGAAAUUAAUUAUGUGUUUGGAGAACCAUUAAAUCCAGCGAAAAAUUAUGCACCAGAAGAAAUUGAAUUAUCUAGACGAAUGAUGCGAUAUUGGGCGAAUUUUGCUAAAACUGGGAAUCCAAGUUUAAAAAGUGAUGGUACAUGGAUGUCAACAUAUUGGCCCGUACAUACGGCAUAUGGUAGAGAAUUUUUAACUUUGGAUGUAAAUACAUCUGAAACAGGACGUGGCCCACGGCUUAAACAAUGCGCAUUUUGGAAGAAAUACCUACCUCAACUUAUUUCUGUGACAGCAAACUUGACACCGAAUCCUACACAAGAAAAAUGUACGAGUAGCUCAAAUAAAACAGAAAUAACCUCCAGUUUAGUGGUAAUCCUCGCAAUAAUACUUCGAAUAUGGGUUUAAGGCAUGUCUACUAGGGUUAACCUUCUGUCGUGCUACAUUUUAAACAAAAAUACAUAUCAUGUAUAAAAAAAAAAAAAGAAUAAU